UUGACGUCGCUUUAGGUAACGAUUACCUUACAGCAUUCUCUAGUGAUAGGAGGUGAGUUCCACGAUUGCCGCCCUCGUUCAGCACUUGUUUGUUUACAUUAAUUGGUAAUUAACGAUUGUCUUGGCCCGAAGAAGAUAGAAAUCCUGUGAGAGAAUGGAUGGUCAGGACAGGAACGCUUAAAGACUGGAUGAUCGUAGUUGGAACACUUUUGUUAAAACUUCCUAUAGACAUAUUUAGAAAAAUUUGAAAAGUUGGUGCAUUUUCAGGUUAUCCGAUGACAGUUAAACAUAUUUCACCUCAAAUUUUGAAGACCAGCAAUUACUCCAUCAGCCAAUGUCAGCCUGAUUCUACAAGUUUUGAUUAAUUGGAUAUCAGAUAUUUUCCUGAAAUUGAAGUUCUUUCAGAAGUGUUUAUGGAAAAAUUUUGUGUAAAAGUUAAACUGGUACGGAUUUAAAUAUUUAGACAUAACCUUGCUAAUUGGAGUGAGUUUAUUUACCACUAGUUAAUUAUAAGAUUUUAUUCUAAUAAAUUUUCUUGAAAGCAUUUCUGAUCAUCUUGAACAUAAACAGACUCUGUUAAAGUCCACCAUACAGGGAUAAUAUAAUCUUGGAAAUAUUUCUGUUAUAUAUUACAAAAACUACAGAAAGACGUUAAAAGAAAUUUUAUAUUUUAGGGAAAAAAGAGAAAAUUAUGGUUUUUAAUAAAUCACAGACUAAAAUUGUUGAUUCGUCUGGUCAGACACUAGAAAACCCAAAAGAGAAAUCACACACUUGUGAUAUAUGUGGAAAGAUAUUCUCAUCAUUAAAUAAUUUAAUUGAACAUAAAUUAAUUCAUUCAGUAUCGAAGCCGUAUCACUGUGAAAUUUGUGGUAAAUCAUUCACUAAAAGCAGUUUCUUAUCUCAGCAUGAGCGUAUUCAUACAGGAGAAAAACCGUUCCACUGUGAUAUUUGUGGUAAAACAUUUUCUCAGAGUGGUCAUUUGUCUUCCCACAAACGUGUUCACACAGGAGAGAAACCGUAUCAUUGUGAUGUCUGUGGCAAAACAUUCUCCCACAGUUGUAGUUUGUCCAACCAUAAAGGUAUCCACACAGGAAAGAAAGCAUACAAGUGUGACAUCUGUGCAGAAACAUUCUCUUGCAGUGGCAAUUUGUCUUCUCACAAACGUAUCCACACAGGAGAGAAACCAUUCCAAUGUGAUGUCUGUGGCAAAACGUUCUCUCAAAAGGGUAAUUUAUCUGACCACAAAUAUGUUCACACAGGAGAGAAACCCCACGUCUGUGUUACUUGUGGCAAAACAUUCUCUCAAAGCAGUAGUUUGUCUUCUCACAAACGUAUUCACACAGGAGAGAAACCUUACCAUUGUGAUAUUUGUGGUAGAACAUUCUCUCACAUGAGUGGUUUGUCUUACCACAAACGCAUCCACACUGGAGAGAAACCAUAUCAUUGUGAUAUUUGUGGUAAAAUAUUCUCUCAAAGUGGUAGUCUGUCUUCUCACAAACGUAUCCACACUGGAGAGAAACCAUACCAUUGCGAUAUUUGUGGUAGAACAUUCUCUCUCAGUGGUAGUUUGUCUUCCCAUAAACGAAUCCACACAUAAGAGAAACCAUAUCAAUGUGAAAAGUUUUCUGGAAGUUUUGGUUUGUCUCAACAUGAACAUGUCCACACAGGAGAUAAACCAUACCAUUGUGAUAUUUGUGGUAGUUUAUCUUACCACAAACGUAUCCAUAUAGGAAAGCUCUAAAGAUGGAACAAACUCAAGCCUAUGUGACGCUUGAUGUAUUGAGAAUUUGCCCUUUUGGGAUAUGGUCCAGUAUGAAAUGCUUCAGAUGUUGUCGUAGUAUCUCAUGUCCAAUGUCUGUAUCUUCCUUUGAAUCUUGGCUGUGAGAAUCCAUGUUACACAUGUAUACAAGAUGAUGGAAAGUGCUAGUGCAUGCAAGAAUCUGAUGUUGUUCAUAGUGACAUUCUUACCUCUCCAUAUUGGUUGGAGUUUGGUUAAUUCAGGCAUUGUCUGUGAGGUUCCUGCAAGGAUUUCAGGCCUUGAUCCAUUACCUUUAAUAACUGACCUCAAGUUUUUGCUGUGCUGCACUAUCUCUAGUUUCUGUCCUUGUACAGAGAUGUCUGUUGAGAUGGUGCCAUUAGCAUUUAUUAUUAUUUUUUUUCCCAUUGAUUUCCAUCCCAAACUUGAUGGAAGCUUUAUCAAACUAAUCCAAUCGAUUCUUCUCAUUUGGCCAGCCUAUCAAUGUCGUCAGCAAAUCUCAAAUUUGUGUUAUUCCUCCUUCUGAUGCUAAUUGUGAGCACCUGGUUGUGAAAGGCAUCGUUCAUGGUCUGCUCCAGGAAUAUGUUGGGGUAAAGGAAGCAGCCCUGGUGAACUCCUACAACAGAAUGGCAUCACUCUUCAAAUUGUAUGAGGACUGCAAUGGUUGUCGUCACAUAAAUUUUGUUAAAUAGUAUGAAUUAGCUUCUGCUCCAUGUUGAAUUUUUUCAUUGUGGCUCUUGGAAUACACUAUCAAACAUCUUAAAGACUAUGAAAACAUGGUCAACAGUUUUAUAAGUAGAACAUGAAACCAAAUCUUGUACAUAAAUUAUAUAAUUUACAG